GCGCGCGCUCUUUCCGCCACUCGCUCCUAAUCAUCAGCAGCAGCAUCAUCAUCAGCAGCAUCAUCAUCAGCAGCAGCAGGCGAAGAUGUUCUCCGUGCGCCACGUCCUGUCGGGGGCGACUCGCCUCAGCGGCACGAGCCGCGUGCCGUGGACUCGGGCCUUUUCGGUGACGUCGUCGCGCGACGCCCAGUUCUUCAACACCCCCGAAGAAGCCGUGAAGGACAUCCCCGACGGGGCCACCAUCCUCGUGGGGGGCUUCGGCCUGUGCGGGAUUCCCGAGAACCUGCUGGAGGCGCUCGUGCAGUCAGGCGUCAAGAACAUCACUGCCGUCAGCAACAACGCCGGAGUGGAUGGAUUUGGGCUGGGGAAGCUGCUGAACACGCGGCAGAUCAAGCGGAUGGUGUCCUCCUACGUGGGCGAGAACGCCGAGUUUGAGCGCCAGUACCUGUCUGGAGAGCUGGAGGUGGAGCUCACCCCCCAGGGCACGCUCGCGGAGCGAAUCCGCGCCGGCGGCGCCGGCAUCCCGGCGUUCUACACGGCCACGGGCUACGGCACGCUGCUGCACCAGGGUGGCGCGCCCAUCAAGUACCGCUCCGACGGCACCGUUGCCAUCGCCAGCGAGCCGCGCCCGGCUGCCCAGUUCAACGGAAGGAACUACAUCCUGGAGAAAUCGAUCGUCGGCGACUACGCGCUGGUCAAGGCGUGGAAGGCCGACCGUGCUGGCAACCUUAUCUUCCGGAAGACGGCCAGAAACUUCAACCAGCCCAUGUGCAAGGCUGCUAAGUGCACCAUCGCCGAGGUGGAGGAGAUCGUCGACGUGGGAUCCUUCGUCCCCGAGGACGUCCACAUCCCCGGCAUCUUCGUCAAGCGCGUCAUCAAGGGAAAAUCGUACCAGAAGAGGAUUGAGCGGCUGACCCUGCGGAAAAAAGGGGAGGAUUCUCCCCGCCCCACCAAGGAAGCCGACAUCAUCCGCGAGCGAAUCAUCCGUCGUGCCGCACUGGAGUUUGAGGAUGGCAUGUACGCCAACCUGGGGAUCGGCAUCCCCAUGCUCGCCAGCAACUACAUCCCCGCCAACAUCACGGUCAACCUGCAGAGCGAGAACGGCGUGCUGGGACUUGGCCCGUACCCGCUGGAGGGGGAGCAGGACCCUGACCUCAUCAAUGCAGGCAAGGAGACGGUGACCGUCAUCCCCGGAUCGUCUUACUUCUCCAGCGACGAGUCCUUCGCCAUGAUCCGCGGGGGCCACGUGAACCUCACCAUGCUGGGCGCCAUGCAGGUGUCGCGGUACGGUGACCUGGCAAACUGGAUGAUUCCGGGUAAAAUGGUGAAGGGCAUGGGUGGUGCUAUGGAUCUGGUGGCCAGCGCUGGCACAAAGGUGGUCAUCACGAUGGAACACAACGCCAAGGGCGGUGGUUUCAAGAUCCUGGAGGAGUGCAAGUUGCCCCUGACUGGCAAGAACUGCGUGGACCGCAUCAUCACGGAGAAGGCGGUGUUUGACGUGGACAAGGACCAGGGCCUGACUCUGACCGAGGUGUGGAAUGGCUUCUCCGUCGAGGACAUCAAGGCCUGCACUGGCAGCGGCUUCCAGGUUUCUCCGGACCUGAAGCCCAUGCAGCAGGUUUGAGGAGCCAUGAGGAGCCAUGAGGAGCCACACGCAGCUGCGCACGCAGCCGCCCACGCGGCGCAUCAAACCGGGGUCGCGAUCAUCGAUGCAGCGUUACCAUCGACCUACCCCACCCCCCCCCCCCAAAAAAAAACUGCAGAGUCGGCGGAGGGGGCGUGGUGUAGGUGCUUUUCCAUGAGCCAGUUACGGGGGGGGGGGGGGGGGUGGGUGCAUCACCUUUUUUUAUGGUAAAAACUUUUAAUCGCACGCCGGUGAGCUCCGGAACCCCGCUCGAUCGUGUGGCUUCGGCUCGCACGCCGGCAUUCCUGUCAAAGCAGCAGCGGCGGCGAGCAGGAAGGUUGCCACCCAUCCUUUGGUUUUCCCAGGAUCCUCUUCUGCCCGCGGCAGCUGUCCCGUGGGGGGAAAUCUGUCCCGAAGUCUUCCGAUGUAUGUUGACAGUGUCCCUGCUGUUUUGUCUGUGGUGCCUACGACCGGCACACCGCCGGUCGUUCGGGAUUCCUCCUCUCUGCUGGGCACCGAGAGAGGAUCAUCAGUCUUCUUACCGUCCGUGUGUUUUUUUUGUGCGUAUUAUUUGGAGGUGGCAGCCGCUGUAUCCGCGCGAGCGCUUUCUCUCAAUGUGAAUUACCGCUCAAGGUGUUACGCUUUUAUACUGCUGUAGGCGGUCGUGUCGUACACACGCGCGCACACGCGCACAAGCCCGUAUAUGUAGAAAUCGGGUGCACUAAUCACCCUGUGAAGUGAAACUGAGAUGGUAUUGCAGGAUAUAUUAUGCAAAAUGUAAAUCGAUUUUAGUAAUAACUGCUCGGCGUUCCGCCAGUUUCUCCGCUCGCCGAGAGCACAUUUUCGCGUCCGCUCGCGAAAUCUCGCGGCUGCCGGUGGUGGUGGACGUCCGACUUAUUAAUACUACUCUUUUAAUCAAAGUAGUGAGCAAUAUCAUACUCCACCCCACCUCCACGCUCACCCUCCCCUCCCCCCACUCGUGGCGCAGCAGUUAUCAUAGUUUGUCACGCGCUGCGUGGCUCAUGCAGCAGCCGCCGUUCGGUGUCGCGUUGGGUGCACGGUUUAGUUGUGACGUCACACGUCAACCCCCCCCCCCCCCCCCGUUGUACAUUUACACACGCGACAUGACUCUGGAGAUGACCCCCCCUCCCCCUUCCACCCAUAAAAGCACCAUCUGUACAGCAAGCCACCAAAUCCACUCCUUUGGAGCGGGGGCAUCCACCCCCCCCCCCCCACCAUUUUUUGUGCAAAGUUGUAACCGUAAAUAAACAUAUCGAUAGGA